UUCAGUUCUCGGACAGAAUCGCUGUCGACGGACAAACCGCAGAGAUCAGAAACAUGGAUCGUUUGAUGUGCAUUUUGGGAUUUCUGAGGCUGGUUGCCUGUAUGCCUGACAACCCUUACGUCGUCUAUCUGGACCAUGAGACGUUCCAAGGCGCCGUGUCCCAUUGCAAACUCAUGGGUUUUCUAGCCAACAUGCCAACCAGGGAGGAAGUCACAAAGAUUUUGACUGCCAUCUCAAAUCGAGACUCAUCCGAGAAAAAGUUCUGGGUAGGCCUGAAGAAAGAAAAGAGUUCUUGUGUUCAAACCCAUUUACCACUUAAAGGAUUCCAAUGGAUUGUGGAUAACAGCACUGAAGCUGCAGUGAACUUCACAGUGGCCAAACCCUCUUGCAUACACUCUCUUUGCGGACUGCUGCACGUUGAGAAGACUGGUAACUCAAUAUCAAACUGGGAACUGCAAGACAGCCCCUGCUCACACAGACAUCCGUUUAUUUGCAAACAAAUGGAAGGAGGACCAGACAAAACGCCGUGCGGUAAAUUUUACAUUUCUGGCACUCACGAUAAGCUGCAAAUACUCCACGAUCCGCUAAAACAGAACAUCACCUGUAGCCAUGGAGAUUCUUUUAUACUGACAUGCUCUCCAAGAUCUCACCAAUGGGUUCUAAUGGGGACUCAAGAUACAGAUAUAUCUGAACUGUGCUCACCAUGUAAAAAAGGCUUUAAAAAGGACAAUCUGGGAAAGUGUAUAGAUAUUGAUGAAUGCCAACAGGGCAAGCCAUGUAAACACAGCUGUGUAAACACAGUGGGUUCAUAUAAGUGCGAAUGCCCGGACGAUGACGCGGACGCAUGCAAGGAAUCAACAGACAUCACAAACAAGGACCAGGCCACCACUACAGGGAACCUUCUCUCCCUCCCCAGUUCCUCUCCAGAACAGGUCGAAAUCAAAGACAAGCAAGUGGACUACUCUUACAUCUUCAUACCAGUGCUAAUAGCGGUGAUAAGCUUGGUGGUUUUGGUGGCCGUAAUAGUGGUAAUCGUGAAGUGCUGCCUCAGGAAACGUUCAAAAAAUCUGGCGAACAAAAAGACGGAGGCUUCGAAGGAAUCGGUGGCUCUGAACAGGACAGACUCCAUGGAACGGGUGAACGAAAAAGAGGCAUUAUGAGUAAGUGAGUCACUGAGAUCAUUGGAGGAAGACUAUGUUGUAAACUGUACUUCAAAAGACUUGACAAUGACAAAGCAGUGUCCUUCUCAGCACUAAGUUUGCUUCAAGUCACGUUCUUGGCGCUGAGGGUAAAAGGGCUUUGUAUCUUCUAUUCACCACUGAAGCUACUUUGCUUUUCCACACUCUAAUCCAUGGGAUAUAGGGAUUUUCUGAGGGAGACUGUUUUGUACAGUGCUUUAUAAAUAGCCGCAGUGAGACGACACGAGUUUGAGAACAGUAAUUUUCUACUUUGAAUCAUUGCCUUUGGAUUUUGGUAUUUAUGCCUCUGUGUA